AUGGCCGAGGAGUAUGACGACGAAUUGCAGCAUGGAGACGCCGGCGCCGACGACAGCGGCGUCACUGGACCCGGGGCGCCCACCCCCGUGUCCGCCCUCGAGGGUGUUGCAGGCCUCACCAAGCGUGACAUCCAACUGAUUGUGGACGGGGGGUUCCAGACCGUCGAGUCUAUAGCCUACACUCCCAAGAGGAUGUUGGAGCAGGUCAAGGGCAUCUCGGAACAGAAGGCAACCAAGAUUCUCUUUGAGGCAUCCAAAUUGGUGCCCAUGGGUUUCACCACAGCCACUGAGAUGCACCAGCGAAGAAGUGAGCUCAUCUCCAUCUCGACCGGGUCCAAGAACCUCGACACUCUCCUGGCCGGUGGCGUCGAGACCGGCUCCGUCACCGAGUUGUUCGGUGAGUUCCGGACAGGUAAAAGCCAGAUCUGCCACACCCUUGCCGUGACGUGUCAGCUGCCGUUCGACAUGGGCGGCGGCGAGGGCAAAUGUCUCUACAUCGACACCGAAGGCACCUUCAGACCGGUCCGUCUCCUGGCCGUGGCGAACCGCUACGGCUUGUCGGGCGAGGAGGUUCUGGACAACGUUGCCUACGCCCGGGCCUACAACUCGGAUCACCAGCUGCAGCUCCUGAACCAGGCAUCGGCCAUGAUGUGCGAGACGAGGUUCUCUCUGCUCAUCGUCGACAGCGCCACUGCACUGUACCGGACCGACUUCCUGGGCCGAGGCGAGCUCUCGUCUCGUCAGACACAUCUUGCCAAAUUCAUGCGCACCUUGCAGCGGCUGGCCGACGAGUUUGGCAUCGCAGUGGUCAUCACGAACCAGGUCGUGGCCCAGGUUGACGGUGGACCGAGCUCCAUGUUCAAUCCCGACCCCAAGAAGCCCAUCGGUGGCAACAUCAUCGCACACGCCAGCACGACGAGAAUCAGCUUGAAGAAGGGCCGUGGCGAGACGCGUAUCGCCAAGAUCUACGACAGCCCUUGCUUGCCCGAAAGCGACUGCCUGUUUGCCAUCAACGAGGAUGGGAUUGGCGACCCGUCUCCCAAGGAUAUGGAGAAGAUGAACAACUAG